GGCCUGGAAGUGCCCUGGAGUUCCGAGACGUUUCAACGGCUGAUCUUCCGUCGAUGUCGGCUCCGAAUUGUCGGCCGGCUACUACUGAAGCAUUAUAUCAGUUGUAUGAGUCUAUUGUUUUGACCAUUAAAAGAUUCUCUUGACUUUCAGAAACCAAUGGCUAACUGUGUGGUAUAUAUUGCAGCUCUUGUUCACGUACCUUGCAGGAUCUAGACUCGAGAAUGGCCUCCAAUCACUCACUGACUGAGGAUGGUUCACAACUUACAUACAAUGGAACAGCAACUCACUACUCAACUCUCUCUGAUUCGGUCUAUGGACCCCUUUCAAAUGCUGUCAAUCUUGUGCCACAGCCAUGAGGACAAAAUGUUCUUAUCUGUUCCUAUCCAAGUGAAACAUCUUACUUUGCGCUGACUCACUUAUCCGCUACUGUAGUGAGUCCUCGAUGCUAUAGAGAAUGACUCUAACAAUGUGUCUGAUUAAACAGUAAGGCUUUGCUUCAUUCAUCGGUGAAAUCAAUGUUGGCCGUCAGUGAACCUCAACCAGUUGGUUCUCAUAUAGCAAACAUCACCAGUGGUGAAUCACGAACUCAGGACCUAUGAUAUAUCCUCUCCAAAGAGGGCAAGUUUACCUCCGGAAUACCUUCAAAGCUGAUUCAAACAUUCCUGUAACAAAUCAAGUCUGUUA